AUGGCGCAGGCAGAGACUUCUGAAGUUCUUAGGACUAUUAGAACUGUGUUCACUGCAAUAGAAAGAAAUAUUCUGGAAGGGUCUGUGAUUGAUUCUGAUACUAAGAAUUUAUUGCAAAAUGCAAAACACAACUUUGAUAGAAUUUCAUCGGCAUUACCAGAAAAUAUUAGAGUACAAUUGAGAGACUGUUUUGAGGAUUUGAUACCACGAAUUGAAAGAUAUGAUGCCAGAAACUCUCCACCAGUUAUCAACAACUUUCUUGCUACGCGCAUUAAAGAAGGUCAGUUUGGUAUGCCAAAAGUUGAAAUCUCAAAAGAACAACUGAAGCUUUUAAUUUCACAAGGAUACACUGGGAAAAGAAUUGCAGAACACAUAGGAUGUUCUGCAUCUUAUAUUUAUAAACGCCUGAAAACUGAGGGUCUGUCACCAAGACAGAAAUUCAGCAGUAUAACAGAUAAUGAACUGGAUGAAGAAUGCAAAAGACUACAAGCAAGUUGUCCAAAUGCCGGUUCUGAGAUGAUGUCAGGAAUGCUAAGGGCAAGGGGAAUACAUGUACAAAGGGACAGACUUCGACGCACAUUGGCUAGACUUGACCCAAUUGGCACUGCUCAGAGAUGGUCACAAACUGUUCAAAGAAGGUCAUACCAUGCCGUCUCACCUAACAGUAUAUGGCACAUUGACAGUCACAUGAAGCUUAUAAGGUGGGGCUUUGUUGUACAUGGUGCUAUCGAUGGCUUCUCCCGUCUAAUACCUUAUUUAAGUUGUGCUACAAACAAUUCUUCAUCCACGGUGCUACAGACUUUCUGCAGGGGUGCUCUACAGUAUGGAUUACCAUUAAGAGUGAGGUCUGACCAAGGCACAGAAAAUGUUCAGGUAGCACUGCUUAUGAAUGCCAUCAGAGGAUUACACCGUGGCAGCCAUAUAACUGGACUUUCUGUCCAUAACCAGAGAAUUGAAAGGCUGUGGAGAGAUGUAUUUCAACAGGUUCUCUUCCCCAUCUACAAAGAAUUUUAUGAAAUGGAAGAUAAUGGUAUACUUGAAGAAGGCAAUAGUUUACACAAAGGGUGUCUACAAUAUGUUUACUACUCAACAAUUAAUCAAAGAUUGGAAAUGUUCAGAGAAGGCUGGAAUAAGCAUAGAAUUAGAACUGAACAUAACAGAACACCGGAACAAAUAUGGUUCGAUAGCUUGUCCACUACAUCUCACCAAACAAGUCUAUCUGACAUGAAUACACAACAGUUUAGAGAAAGUUUAAUAGAAAAUUUACAAAGAAUAGGUGUAUCAUUUUCAGAUGAUGCAUAUAUGGAGCCUCAGGAGACAUUCAACCCACUUGAAAUGUCUGUCCAGAAUCUACAGAUACUACAAGAUGCUAUUCAGCUUGAAACAAAUUUAAAAGAUAAAUAUGCAUGUUGUGUUCAAAAGGCCAAUGACUUAUUAACAGAUACCCAAACAUAAUGUCCACUCCAUUUUGCAUGUAGUAUUAAAAAAUUGUUCAUGAGUACAUUGGCAAGG